CGGUCUCCCAUCUUUCCUUUCUUUGAAAGCUGGGCUCGGUAUCAGUCUCUAAGCCCCUCUUUGCUUGCUUUGUUUAUGAUUGUGAAAUUUUCAUUCACAGCUUUGUAAUGACUUCAUCGUACAGGAAAAGAUAAAAAGGGGAAGAAGACUAGAGACUGAGGGCAGCAGCAGAGCUCUGCAUUGUGAGACUGCAUUCUUUUUUCAGCAUUCCUCUCGUUAAAUUUUGUAUGUACGGAAGGUGUUCGAUGAAAGUCUCAGCUGAGUUGGUACGCGGGAUAUCCCGGCGUCUGCUUGUCUCCCCAAGGCGCUCUAUCUCGAGCUUGCCUUACCUGUGCGAGAGAAUUAAGCAAACAGAAAAUGAGAUUGUCCAUAUGUUCAAGAUGCCUGGUCCAAACGAAGAAACGGAAAGCCGAAAAUUCCCGAGGAAGUACAACUCUUCGGCUAGGGUGCUGGACGAAAGGUUCAUUAGGAUUCUGAAGAUAUUCAAGUGGGGACCUGAUGCUGAGAAGGCCUUGGAAGUGCUCAAAAUGAAGGUGGACCAUAGGUUGGUUCGUGAGGUUUUGAGCAUUGAUGUUGAGGUUAAUGUCAAGGUUCAGUUCUUUAAGUGGGUCGGGAAGAGGAGAAAUUUUGAGCAUGAUUCUACCACUUACAUGGCUUUGAUUCAUUGUUUGGAUGAAGCUGGAUGGGUUGGUGAAAUGUGGAAGACAAUCCAAGAAAUGGUCAGGAGCCCUUAUGUUUUAUUAAGUCCCGCUGAUUUAUCUGAAAUUCUGAGAAUUUUGGGGAGGAGCAAGAUGGUAAACAAGGCGUUAUCCAUAUUUUAUCAAAUAAAAAGUCGCAAGUGCAAACCGACUGUGGGUACUUACAACUCUCUGAUAAUGAUGCUAAUGCAGCAAGGCCAUCAUGAGAAGGUGCAUGAACUUUACACUGAGAUGUGCAGUGAGGUUGAUUGUUUACCUGAUACUGUAACAUAUAGUGCUGUUAUAUCAGCAUUUUCGAAAUUGGGCCGUGAUGAGUCUGCUAUGAGGUUGUUUGAAGAGAUGAAGGAAAACGGCCUAUAUCCUACAGCCAAAAUAUACACAAUCGUGUUGGGAAUUUACUUCAAGUUGGGAAAUGUAGAGAAAGGUUUGAGUUUGGUGCAGGAGAUGAAAGCUAAAGGUUGUCCUCUGACUGUCUUCACUUACACGGAGUUGAUUAAAGGACUUGGAAAGGCAGGGAGGGUUGAUGAUGCAUACGAUGUUUUCUUAAAUAUGCUAAAGGGGGGUUGCAGGCCUGAUACUAUACUCAUAAACAAUAUGAUAAACAUUUUGGGGAAAGCAAGUCGUUUAGAGGAUGGAAUAAAGCUCUUCCACCAAAUGGAAUCAUGGCAGUGCAUCCCGAAUGUAGUUACAUAUAAUACUAUUAUCAAAACCCUAUUUGAAUCAAAAGCUCCAGCUUUGGAAGUUUCUUCAUGGUUUGAGAGGAUGAAGGUCAGUGGGAUUGCUCCUAGUUCAUAUACUUACUCAAUUCUUAUUGACGGCUUUUGUAAGACAAAUAAAGUUGAGAAAGCUAUGUUGCUUCUUGAAGAGAUGGAUGAAAAGGGGUUUCCUCCUUGUCCUGCUGCCUAUUGCAGCCUGAUUAACAGUCUUGGAAAUGCCAAACGCAUGGAAGCUGCAAAUGAAUUGUUUCGGGAGUUGAGAGAGAACUGUGGACAAUCAAGCGCUCGUGUUUAUGCUGUCAUGAUUAAGCAUUUCGGAAAGUGUGGGCGCCUUGAUGAUGCUCUUGAUCUUUUUAAUGAAAUGAAGAAACUCGGUUGCAUUCCUGAUGUCUAUACUUACAAUGCCCUGAUGUCUGGACUGGUUCGUGCUGGAAUGAUAGAUGACGCUUAUUCACUUCUUAGAACCAUGGAAAGUAACGGUUGUUGCCCAGACAUUAACUCGCAUAACAUUGUCCUGAAUGGCUUAGCUAGAACCGGUGGCCCUAAACGAGCAAUGGAAAUGUUUUCAAAGAUGAGACAUUCUGGAAUCCAACCUGAUGUGGUAUCUUACAACACAAUUCUUGGUUGUCUUAGCCGUGCUGGCAAGUUUGAGGAGGCUGCCAAUUUGAUGAAAGAGAUGAAGAGAAAAGGAUUUGAAUAUGAUCUCAUUACAUACUCUUCGAUUCUUGAGGCAGUUGGUAGGGUUGAUGAGGUGCAUGCAAAUCCUGUUGCAUGAAAAGAUAUCCCACAUUGCUGAAAUGUGCUUAUCCGCAUUGUAAGUUUAUUAAGCUAUGUUCCUUACCUUAUGAGUUUAGGAAGCUUUAGUUGUAGUGCCUGCCAAAGUGUAGCAUCUGAAUUCUUCUUUUCCUGUGUUUUUGUUUAAUGGCAACGAAGAUGUGCUAGUUUCACUUAACUACUUUAUGCAUAAGGAUGGACGUAAUAAUUGUGAUGAUUUUGAACAAUAUUGGAGGUAACCUUGUCCAGUAGUUGCAUAGUAAACACUGGUCGCACAACAACUAUAUCAGGCUUAUAUUUUUGUAUGUGUAUCUCUCACCUCCAGAUUGUUAGAGCUUGUCCUUGCCUUGUAAACCUAUCAUUCACCUGUCAGAAAGUUGAUAAUGCGAUAUAUAAUCCGAAGGCAAAUCUAUUCCAUUCUUGUCUUCAGUACUGCCUUCGAAUAGUGUCCAGAUCUUUGUAGGAAACUAACUCUUGAGCAAUUUUUGCUUGUUAAGAGUUCUAUUUUCUGCGUUUAUGUGUAUCCAUUUCUGUUCUCUUUCUAUUCUCUGUUUUAUGAGUUAUUUUUACUUGCCAACCCUAUUCAAAUUUUAUAAUACAUUCAUAAAAGAACUUGGUAGCAGUUACUCAUUUUACGUAUUAGAUAAGGCUUGAUGAUGAUGAAGUCCAUAAUUACUUUGCUGCUAUCUCCUUGAGAAUGUGGGGAGAGCAGGGGGUACUCUCUUUGAGACAGAUCUUUAAAGUGGUUGUGGAACCGCAAACAGCUCCCACAGAUUAACAUAUUACUGUUACCUGCAUAUGUAGUAGCAAUCUUAAGUUUAGUUGCCUGCCACUUUUAGAACGGUUUUACUUUGCAAGGUCCCAGUCUUAACUCUGCAAGUUUGUCUCCUAUGUUGUACUUAUCUGACCUGUGUUUCUCUAAAAGCAAAGUUGUCUUUCGUUUACCCAGUUAAGGCGGAGCAGGAGCCAAGUCCUUGUAGCUGGGACCCUUGAACAAACCAGAGUAAGAGAAUCCUAUCCAUCAUGAUUCAUGGCAAGAGAGUCAGAGAAAAAACACCACAGCGAAUUGUCACAAUUUCUCAUCGAAAGGACAACGAAAGAAGUAGCAUUGCAACUCCAAUCUUGGUAACCUAACUGGUGUAUUGUCUGCAAUUUUGAUCCUGUGCAUUGUUUCAUCCUCCAAGUUGCUCCCAUCCAGCAAAAAGACCUUACACUGGAAGACUCAUUCACGAAUUAUGCUUGUACAGUUGUACUGGAUGAUGAUCCACUUACUGCGAUCCCGCUGUGCUUCCAGGAUCAUGGAUAUGAUGUAGGAUUAUGGAAUCAUGACCGUGGAAGCCAAGCAGCAGCUAGAUGAGCACACUUGACAUGGCACAAGUGACACAGAGUCAACAGUAUCGUCGGUUUUAGGUUCGGGUUAUUAAGUUGCAGUAGCUGAAGAUCGCUGCAGAGCACUAAUGUAAAGUGGUUUUUUCUCAGUUGUGAAAUGUUUUCUCUAUUCAAGUUUUGGAACUCAAAUGAGCUGCCCAAGCAGGCUUAAAUUGUUGUUGUAGCUUUUUUUUGUUACAUGGCAUUGCGGGGGUCAAGAUUGUACAGAAUCAAGGUAAUGUCACAGAGGAAUACUCGACUUCUGAUUCACAGAAACACAUUAGAACAACGCAGAAUAACGGAGCAAAGGAAACGAUAAACUCAAUCUGCAAUCUCAUGAUCACCUCCACAUAACUGAGAUCUAUACGAAGGAGAAUCCAUUGAACAAAGACAGUAGUACUAGAACAAAGGAUCUUCAGUCAU